AAAAUCUCAAAUGAUUUCAAUUCAACCGCAAAAACUUCCAAUAUCAUUUCAGUUGUACCAAUUUCUCCAAUCAUCUUCUUCAAUAGCUAUCACAUUUUCCCCCCAAUCCUCAUGUCAUAGAAAUUCAUGGACAGAGAAACCCUAGCUUCAUCAUCUUCUUCUUCUUCGUCAUCUGAAGUUCCUUCACCAGACGCAUGGAUUACUACAUAUCACAGAUUACUGCCUCAAUGGAAAUCCUUCCCUUCCUCUCACCUCAUUUUACCAAUUACAGUAUCUCGAGUAAAUCAAUUUGAUGCAGCAAGACUGGAUGUUGAGAUGUCGGCCAUGUUAAAAGAGCAGUUGGUGAGAGUAUUCUCUUUGAUAAAGCCAGGGGUUUUAUUUCAAUAUGAACCAGAACUCGAUGCAUUUCUUGAGUUUCUUAUUUGGCGGUUCUCAAUAUGGGUAGACAAGCCAACUCCAGGCAAUGCGCUCAUGAACCUGAGAUAUAGGGAUGAACGUGUUAUGGAAGAGAGAGGGAAAGUGAGAACGGGCUUGGAGGGUCCUGGGCUUACGGCAGCCCAAAAGUUGUGGUACUGUAUUGCUACUGUAGGGGGUCAGUACAUCUGGACACGCUUACAAUCUUUUUCUGCUUUUCGUAGAUGGGGAGACUCGGAGCAAAGGACAUUGGGGCAACGUGCAUGGCUUUUUUUGCAGCAUAUAGAAGGAUUCUAUAAAGCUGCAUCUUUUAGUAACCUGCUUGUAUUUCUCUUUGUUGGAAAGUAUCGGAAUCUGAUUGAGAGAGUUCUGAGAGCUAGGCUUGUGUAUGGAAGCCCUAAUAUGAAUCGCUCUGUUAGCUUUGAGUACAUGAAUCGACAGUUGGUGUGGAAUGAGUUCUCGGAGAUGCUAUUGUUGCUUCUUCCACUUUUGAACUCUUCAUCAUUUAAGAACUUAUUUCGUUCUUUCUCCAAGGAUAAAUCCUCUGAUUCUACAGCAGAUGAAAAUUCCUGUCCCAUUUGUCGAGGUAGCCCAAGCAUUCCAUUUAUUGCAUUACCUUGUAGACACAGAUACUGUUAUUACUGCCUUAGAACACGGUGUUCUGCUACUCCAUCUUUCAGAUGUGUGCGGUGCAGCGAGCCAGUUACAGCUAUGCAACGGCUUGGCAGCUCUGUAAAUGAGAAGUCUUCCAAAAAGUAGCAUGUUAAAUUUCAAAGAACGGAAACUAAAGAAUAUUGGACAUCAGCAUUCCAGAAAUUGGCAAUCGGAGCACCCCAUGUAUAUUAUAUACGCCAGGAGGCAAGUUUUUCUGUGAAUUUGAUCAACUGUAUACUAUCUCAUUAUUUGGCAGCAUUUUCACAUCUUAUUCUUGGCAGAUUAAUUGUCCUCUUGUUGUAUAUCGGUGGCCGACCUAUAAUUUUCAAACCGGGGGUGUAAUACUAGAAAUACUUAAUUGAUAAAAUUGAAAAAAAUACGCAAAUUAGAAAUAAGAUUCAAGUUCACAUUGAAAGAAAGUCUUAAACUUUCCUACUUUAUAAAAUCGGAUUACAAAAUUCAGUGGCGGUUUUCA